UCCAGUCUACGCUCCAUCGCUGAGUUUGCCACGUUGCUGUAGACACCGGUUCACACCGCUAGGGAUUGAAACGCUGAAAGCCCGGGCUGCGUUUAUCCAUCGGACAAAGGGCGCUGAUGUCUUAAAAUAAACGGGAAGACAAACUAAACAGGCGAUUGUUGUCGGCCUAAAGCUUCACCUGCAGUCGAGAUGCUGACGGACGUGAUAGUAGAGGAGGAAUUUGAUCGCAAUGAAGAGGAGCUGUGGUACAGCAGGAAGGAUUUGGAGCAUGAUCUCCACUUGGCCGCUGAGCUGGGCAAGACUUUGUUGGACAGGAACCAUGAGCUGGAGCAGGGCCUUCAGCAGAUGUACUCCACCAAUCACGAGCAGCUGCAAGAGAUUGAGUACCUGACCAAGCAGGUGGAUCUCCUGAGGCAGAUGAACGACCAGCAUGCCAAAGUUUAUGAGCAGCUAGACUUAGCAGCACGAGACCUGGAGAAAAGCAACCACAGACUGGUGCUGGAGAACCGCACGGCCCAGCACAGAAUCCAGAGUCUAAGCGAGACCAUAGAUGGGUUGCAGACUCAUAUGGAGGGUCUUCAGAAGCAGGUAGACGAGCUGAAGACGUCUCAGUCCAAGAGAGACCUGGCGGCUGCGCGCCGCAGCCUCGGUGCCCAAAGCAUGUCCUGUCUGAAAGAAAUCUAUGAUCUGCAACAAGACAAGUACUUGAGCUCAGAGAGCCUGCAGGAGGAGAAGUCCUGGCCUGCACUGGAUAGCAGACAUGUGGAAGAAGAGAACUCCACCCUGCAGCACACCCUUCACAACCUCAAGGUGCAACUUGCAUCUGAGCGAGCCCGACGGGUGGAAGCCGAGCGUGAGACAGAGCUGACGGCGCAAGAAAACAGCGCUCUGGAGGAGCGCCUGCAUCUGCUAGAAGGAGCACGCCGUCGACAGGCCGAGCUGGAGGCCGAGGUGGAAGAGCUACGGCAGCUGUGGCGCUCUGAGUCAACCGGCGCGAGACUGACAGAAACGCUCCUGCCUGACAAUGUUUUCUUCGCCAUGGAGGAAAGAGUGGGGGCGGGGCAUGAGGAGGAGCAGCUGGAGGCGGAGUUUCCUCAGGGGAGGCGGCGCUGCAGCAGCGAGAGCUACGUCCGCGGGGCUCGAGCUGAGGAUAUCCGACGCGGACACGAGCGUACGUGCAUCCGCCGAGCUCAAGCGGUGAAGCAACGUGGGAUCUCGCUUCUCAACGAGGUGGAUGCGCAAUAUAGUGCGCUACAGGUAAAAUACGAAGAGCUGCUCCGCCGUUGCCAGCAGGGGGCGGACAGCCUCAGCCACAAAGCCGUCCAGACGCCUACCGCUCCGGCACAGCGCCGCAAAAGCCAGGCGACCACAGCAACAGACACCGUCUGCCUCGCAGACGAGCUCCACCAGCCAGAAUACAAAGCCCUGUUCAAAGAAAUCUUCAACUGCAUUCAGAAAACCAAAGAGGACCUGAGUGAGAACAGGGCCGGGCAGAGUCAGUGAGCAUGUAUGCGAGUUGGCAGUAUUGUAAAUCUUCAGUGUAGUGAUUUUUCAGUGUCGCUUUGCGUGAUUUCAUGGACGUGUUUGAGAGUUUUAACAGCGCUGUGGUCUUUUUGUGUGUGUCGAUUGCACUAUAAAACCUGUGCCUAUACACCGAACCAUCCACAUCCAAAACCUGCAAAUGCAGUAGACCUGACAGGUGUUUUUCUACUUUUUAAAGUCUUAUUCCUAUGAUUGAGGCACAUGAGAUGUGUGGAUCUCUGCGAUACAGCCAUAUGUGACACCUGAGUGCAUUAAAAGCACAUCUUGAUUUCGUAGAACCACAUCUGUGUCAAGACUUAACCGUCCAAGUGCAGAGGGUAAAUUAUUAUUACUAACAACUAACUUAAUGUAAGUGAUACGCCUGAUAAGGUGAAUCUCACAAAACAAAGAACGAGAAGUUUCACAUGAAAAUCAGAAUAUUGUAAAUUAAGCCUGUUUUUAGGACAAUUUGAUUUGCUUUGCGACUUUUUGAUGACAAUUAAGCACAUUCUAUUAGAGCUGCAAAACGAUUGAUUCAAAAUAUGUUUUUUUACAUACUAUGUGUGUGUACUAUGUAUAUUAUGAAUAUAUAAAUACACACGUUUAUAUUUUUAAAAAAUAUUUAUAAACACUUUAUAUAAUUUUUAUUAUAUAUAAAUAUAAAUAUUUUACAUAUAAAUGUAAUAUAUAUUUCCUUAAUAUACACAUAUAUGUGGUGUAUUUAUAUAUACACAUACUAAAUAUACACAGUACAAUCAUUUGGUAUGUAAACAAACUUUUUUUUUUAAAUCGUGACUAAUCGUUUUGCGACUUUACUAUAAUAAAAAUUCUGAUUUGAAAUUUUUAAUUUUUAAUUUGUAAAAUAUUUCUACAUCAAAAUAGUAUUUUUUGAGCUAAUUUCAGCUAAAUUUGGGGCAAUAAAAUACUAUUACAAUAAUUAAAAACAUAAAUCAGGGGCUUAAUUUUCCAAAUGCAGAAUAUCUUUUCUUUCUCAAAAAUGUUUUUGUGAAAUUCAUCUAAUAAACCUUAAAAACAAACAAACAAAAAAAAAACUAACAAACAUGAUUAAGGAAUUCAGUAGUAGGACAAUAUGUAGCCAUAUUCUUUUAGUGUCUAGAAAUUUCACAAGCAAUAUUACAAUUCUUAUUUAAAAGAAAAGACUGCAUGUGAUUUCAAUGACAUUACUAACAAUGAUAUUUGAGGUAAUACCGUUUGCUGCUUUUCUAAAUUGUCUGGUUACCUCAAUGGUUUGAUGUGCUAGCGAAACAAUUAGAAUUAGAUCAUGUAAAUAUGCAGUAUGCUUGAAAUUCUCAUGUGACUUUGUGUGAAUAGUUUGUUUAGAGCAAAUCGUAGUUAAAAUGUUUGGCAGCCACGUUCGCUCAAGUUCCCAGCACUUUGUUUUGACGUUCAUGUAAACACCACUGUGAAACUAUGCACUUUAGACGACAGGCCUAUGGUCAGUUUUUGUUUUAUUUUUAUUUAUUUAAUUUGUUUUCAUUCAUUGUUGGAAUCCAGAGAUUUUAUUUAUUUUCUUGUUUGGUAUUCAUUCACCGUUUUCUAAUUUUUAUUUUUUUUCUCUCGCCUGUUGGUUUAGGUCAGCAUUAGAUUGUUACCAAUAUCUUGAUGGAUAUAAAGUUGGAAAUGUACUAAAUGAGGGUGUUAUAUGUUUGAGGAUCGAAGGCUAUUGAACAGAUGAUUUGACUGAGUUACUUAAAUGUUACACCAGCACAAAGUAGAACAUUUUAUGUAAGUUUUAAGUAGUUCUCCGGUCAGUGUGGUUUAACAGUUUGUCAAACAAUACCUAAUUAUUGUCGGCUUAUGUGUUUGUUAACUUGUAUUUCAUAACACAAACCAUGCGCUACUUAAUACUUAAUCAGGAUCAUGUUCAGGUUCAUUUUGGAGCUGUUAAAUGCCUCGAGUUGGACAGUAUAAGUAGGCUCUGACUUUGUAGAUCAACAUAUUGCGUAGAUGACUAGGAAUGUGAUGUAUUAAGAAAAAGAAAGAAAAAGAAAGUGUUUUUGAUAUGACCGAUGUCUUAAAUAGCAGGCGGAGAUCACAGGGAAAAGUUCAUGGAUGGAUGGGUCUAAACAAAGAAAAAUAUUUGAAUAAUGUCUUGAGGGAGGAAAAAAUAUUGUGGUGUUUUGCAUUUCUGAUCUUAUUGCUUUAUUUCAGUGUUUAGGAAAAUGGUGCUACUGUAUUGCAGCCAUUCAAAAUGAUAUGCUUGUUGGUCAGCAUUGUGUUAGAAGGCUACAGUGUGCAUGAUCAGAUGUAAGUGUGCAGCAGAAAUAUAGCUCUUGUGCUCAAGAUUUAAAAAAAGAGAGAGAAAAAGUUUGUUUCACUUCAGCAGUGUUCUUGAAUCGUACAGAGGUAAAUUGACCAAAUCUUAAAUGCAGAGCAAUUAUGUGCUCUCAAUAGAAUUUCUUUACUAUGACAUCUUGCAGGUAAAACAAUCAAUUUGUCAUAACCACGUAAAAGUCGUGUUUAUAUUUGUCGAGAAUGUACAAAAUUAAAUCGAUUACCUCUUCCGUCCAGAUUCGCAUAAAUCUCGUUUUAUGCUGAAAUCGGAGUUCAGUGUUUUAAGUCAAAGACUUUAAAUAGUUUUCUACAUUAUUUAUUAUUGAUAAUCAACUGCUGAUUAUAAAAUUCGACAUGUUUAGUGAAGGAAUGCACAAUCUGAUUAUUAGCGGUGCUGAAUAUGCAAGGUUCUUCUCAGAAAUACUAUAACUUUGAUGCCUUUCUGAAGAUCAAUGAUCUGUGUAUGUAACGGCAUGACUAACAUCUUAUUUGGGUUAUCCUGAAAAUAAAACUGUAUGAAUGAACCAA